AUGGCGCUGACAGUGGGGCUUAGUGACUCUGUGUCCUCUCUCUCUUUCUGUCUCCUUCCAGUCUCCCACCUUCUCCAGAGCUUCACCGAGGGAGAACUGAAGAAGGUGAUCGGGACUCUGAUUGACAGGAGUAGCAAGAGGAGAGGCAGGAACAGUAGAGAGGAGAGCCAGGAGAGCUCCUCCCAGACGACUAAGGGAGCUAAGAGUGGGCGGAGGAAGAGGUUGAAGCCGUGCUCUUUGCGGGAGGUGGAGGUGACGGUGGGGGAACUGGGGCUGGGCUACGACAGCGACGAGACUCUCCUCUUCAGGUACUGCAGCGGCAGGUGCACCGCGCGACGACGACGCAACUAUGACAUCGCCCUGGAACACACGAGGAGGACGGGGCUCAUUAAAAAGGGGCGGAGAGACAAGGUGCAGUACAGCCCGUGCUGUCGGCCUAUCGCGUACGAGAAGGAUAUCUCCUUCCUGGAUAGCAACAGUAGAUACCACACGGUGCAGGAGGUGUUAGCACGGCAGUGCGGCUGUGCGUGACCCUGGGGGAGGUGUGUAAACGUUUAAUAACGACCACAUCCUCUGAACCACCAAUGAGUAAUGGCUACUGGGAUGAUGUCAUAAGAGAAUAAUAUGAUGUCUCAAUGCCUCAUGAAAAGCGAGACUUGUCAUCGCAGGUGUUAUGGUCACGUGAUGCAGGAAGUGUCGGCUCUGGAGGCGUUGCUGUGCACGAUCUCUGAACACGGGGCCUGUUUCCGGGAAAGAUCCGUGGAGUUUUCUUUUAUCCGUCUUGUUGUACUGGCAGCUUUGCCUUUCGAAAGGCAGCGUUCUGGACGACCCAGCAUUCAAAUAAAACGGCAAUAUGCUCUAUCAUAGAGAACAGAAUUCAUUGUUAUCUACAUGUAUUUCGGUUGGAUACAUGGAUAUUACUCACGGAUACCGGAUUACAGCGAAAACAGGACGAUGCCUCUGGAUGAUCUUUUGACAUUGGGCUGAUAACAGGAGGGCGACAUGUUGGCGAACAUUCAGAUAAAUGUGAUCGUCUGUCACGUGGAAUAUAGGGACAGCGAUCAGCUCUGUGAAUCCCAUUUCUAUCUGCAAGGUUGUGAACCUUUCAUCUCAUGGAAUGUGAGUCUGCCCUCUGGUGGCGUUGGAGCUGCAGGACCUCCAUGUUCUAUGAGAAGGAGCACCAAUGCCUUCUGGGAUAUCAUGUCAGGUCUAGUUCAUUUUGGCAUGUGCACAGGAUACACGUGGUAUGCAGUACAAUGAAAUGCUUACCUGUAGAUUCAUUCUCGGCGAUGCAACAUCGUAAAAAGACAGAAGUCAAUAAAUUAAGAAUAAUUUUAAAAAUCAGUUACAUUUAAAUAUCGUCUGACUCCCCGGGGUCCUGGGAUACCGUACUGGGUACGGGAAGAUAGAGCAACAGGAUGACUUCUCUGAAUAUGGAUCUGUGUGGAUGUAUUCAGGGAUGGAAUUCAAGGAUUUUGUGUACCGAUCAGCUUGAGCUUAUAGACUCUGGCAUUUUUACUACGCAAGGUCCAAAAUCUAUGCAAUGGGAUAUUUUAAUAGAAAAAAAUAGCUAGCCAGUGGGCUAGUUUGGUAUAUUUUCUUCUAGCCCAGUCUAAAAAGUACUAGCCUCGGGCUAUUUGUAUGGAACUGGUUGAGGGCAACACACCUGUAGUGAACUUCUGAGAAUCAUGAGAGCAUGGACCCGGUUACUAGAACAGUACUGAGUAUGGACCCGGUCACUAGAACAGUACUGAGUAUGGACCCGGUCACUAGAACAGUACUGAGUAUGGACCCGGUCACUAGAACAGUACUGAGUAUGGACCCGGUCACUAGAACAGUACUGAGUAUGGACCCGGUUACUAGAACAGUACUGAGUAUGUGGCAUGAUCAAUAGAGAGAAACUCUUCUGUUUUUGAAAUCAGAAAGGAAUGAUACAUAGUUAAUUCAAAAUAUUGAUCAAUGACCUUUACUGGACCAUUAUCAAACAACUUCCCUUCCCUCCCAACUGCAUACAAACCUCCAUGGAGAUAUCACAAAAUGUCUGCCGUCUAGAUAUAACAAAAUGUCUGCCGUCUAGAUAUCACAAAAUGUCUGCCGUCUAGAUAUCACAAAAUGUCUGCCGUCUAGAUAUCACAAAAUGUCUGCCGUCUAGAUAUCACAAAAUGUCUGCCGUCUAGAUAUCACAAAAUGUCUGCCGUCUAGAUAUCACAAAAUGUCUGCCGUCUAGAUAUCACAAAAUGUCUGCCGUCUAGAUAUCACAAAAUGUCUGCCGUCUAGAUAUCACAAAAUGUCUGCCGUCUAGAUAUCACAAAAUGUCUGCCGUCUAGAUAUCACAAAAUGUCUGCCGUCUAGAUAUCACAAAAUGUCUGCCGUCUAGAUAUCACAAAAUGUCUGCCGUCUAGAUAUCACAAAAUGUCUGCCGUCUAGAUAUCACAAAAUGUCUGCCGUCUAGAUGUCACAAAAUGUCUGCCGUCUAGAUAUCACAAAAUGUCUGCCGUCUAGAUAUCACAAAAUGUCUGCCGUCUAGAUGUCACAAAAUGUCUGCCGUCUAGAUAUCACAAAAUGUCUGCCGUCUAGAUAUCACAAAAUGUCUGCCGUUUAGAUAUCACAAAAUGUCUGCCGUCUAGAUAUAACAAAAUGUCUGCCGUCUAGAUAUCACAAAAUGUCUGCUGUUUUAUCUUCUCUAAAAAUCAUGAGAUGUUCUGUGGCAUUUUUGUCUAAGGGUGUUCCAGCAAAAACACAAGCAUUAUAUCUUUGUUUAUUUCCAUUCGAGGCUUUUAUCUAGUACUCUUCAAAAAAGAACUUUCUCCAAACACAAUCACGAUCAGUAAUUCACUGACAUAAUGUCCUCCAAAGCGUUUGCCAAUACAUUAUGUAAGAACUCACUGUUUGAUUUUAUUGCUGUGGUUUCAGAUUACAGGUUACAUAAUUACAGAAUAUUCUUCAACUUUAAAGUGCUGAAAGAAAUAUAUAACCUUAUAAAUAUAUAAUCCAUUAUAUAAUUCACAUCCCUGAUUAAUGUGAACAAUAUGUUUAUAGACCCUAUGGGCCCUGUUCAAAAGUAGUGCACUAUUAAGGGUGCCAUUUUGUAUGCACACAUACAAAACUAAUCAAUAUGUUAGUCUGAAAGUAUUCAGAAUGACUUUUUCCACAUUUUGCUACAUUAGAGACCUUAUUCUAAAAAUGGAUUCAAUAGUUUUCCCCCCCUCAUCAAUUUACA